ACAGUGAGUACCUCAGAGCCGAGCUCUGCUCUUAAUCCAGCUCCAUCCGCGCAGAUUAAACACUUAAUCUGCCGCAAAUUCAUAUAUUACAGUUCUAACAAAGCUAAAGUAUCACUACAGUUAUAUUUGGGGCGGUUUUGGGUGGGAAAAAGUUGUGUUUGCGCCGAUAAUGUGAAGGAUAGUUGUGUAGCCGGUUAGCUGUUAGCUAGUGGCGAGUGAACGCUGCGGACGGAGAUAAACGUGUUGUUUUGGGUUUAUAUUGGAGAAAAGCUGUCUUAAUUAAAAUUCAGUUUAAAUGUAGAAUUCGCGUUAAGUUAGUGAGUUAACUCACUCUGGUUAAAGGAUGCGUUAUUGGCUGUGAAAUGAGUAAAAAGUGACGGGUCCGUGUGAGGGACAGUUCUCCAAAAAUGUGAUGGCACCACUAAAGAAAGGAGGAGAGAAAAAGAAGGGGCGUUCUGCCAUCAACGAGGUGGUGACCAGGGAGUACACCAUCAACGUCCACAAACGCAUUCAUGGCAUCUCUUUCAAGAAGAGGGCACCUCGUGCUAUUAAAGAAAUCAGAAAGUUCGCCAUGAAGGAGAUGGGCACCCCAGACGUCCGCAUCGACACACGUCUGAACAAGGCAGUUUGGGCCAAAGGAGUCAGGAACGUCCCGUACCGCAUGCGCGUGCGUCUCUCCAGGAAACGUAAUGAAGACGAAGAUUCUCCCAACAAACUGUACACCCUCGUCACAUACGUUCCAGUCACCACGUACAAAGGUCUCCAGACUGUCAAUGUGGAUGAAAACUAAUGUUCUUUCAUGGAUGUUGGAAUAAAUGUAUAAAAGAA